AUGCCAUCCAACGGGAUCAGAAAAUGGGCAAAGGAGAAGGCCCAAGAUCUCCCGAACGAGGCACAGGACCGAGUGUCUGAGUCUGACGCUGUCAUGAAGGUGAAGUCGUUCUUCAAAGAUGACACUUCAACAACACGUCCUUUGACCACAAUCACGAACACAAGAACAUCGACAACCUCAGCCAGUGCAAUUCCCAGCGUUCCAAGCGAGCCUACUUUCGACGGCUGUGCAUGGAAUGUUCCAGCGGCAGGCAAGUUCAAGUUUAAAAAAGAGUACAUUUUUGAGAACGGCAUUCCAGAAGGUCUGCAAGCAAGCCGAUACAUUGUGGAAGGCUCAUACAAGGGCGCUCCAUACGACCAUCAAUUUGAGUCCAAGAACGUCUACACUGACCAUCUCGGCUUUCUCAAUCUCAAAGUUCCAGGGGUACAGUAUGCUCAGCCAUGGAGCGGUCAAACUAUCAGCAGUGCAGAAGUUACCACGUCUUUCAAUAACAUACUGCAUGCAAGUGUCUGGACAAAGGCGAUCUUUAGCACUGUACCUGGAACAUGCCAUGGUAUAUUCUUCUACAAGAACGACCAACAAGAGACCGACAUAGAGUACUUGACCGAUCGAGAAUCUCUCGGCAACAACAUCAAUACAACCACCAGGGAUUAUAGUAACCCGAUCCCAAUCUGGUACAGCAAUCAAGCAGUCACUCAAGGCGCAAAGGCUACACAGGAGAUAGGACCACCUCCAUGGGAUGUCACUGCAGUUCACGAAUACAGGAUCGACUGGACCAAGCAAUUCAUUGCCUUCUACCUGGAUGGCAAUUUGCAGAAGAGGUACACGACCAACAUACCAACUGUGCCUGGCUACUGGAUCUGGAAUAAUUGGGCCAAUGGGGAUAAGGCAUGGUCUAGUGGACCACCAAAAGAAGAUAACAUAUUCAAGAUUCUGUCAAUCACAAUGUACUACAAUACUGCUGAGGAGAAUGCCGACGGUUGUUAG